CACACCCAUGCAUGUGUACAUCAUGUAUAUGUGCAUGUAACUACGGUGAAUUGCCCAAAAAAUGGUAUCACACCAAGAGAUAGAUUUACGAAGAUUGACAGGCAAGAACUGAGACGUGACGACAAACUGUGACGAGCAUCAUGGCUGAUAUUGAUACUGAACCAAUGUCACGAUUACUUAAAAUUGCAAAUAAAUUUAACUGCUUUUAUUUAUCAGGCUUCCGCGCUGGUGAAUGCAGAGCAUUUAUUGUCGAUGGUCAACAAGUGGGUCUUGUCAGACCUGAUGUAAUGAAAGAACUCUUAAAUUACCCUCAAGUAUUCCAAGUUCAACCUGAUUAUGUACAACUUAAUCCUGCAUUCAGAGGAUAUGCAGAAAGGAGUGCAAGAGUAAAUGAAGUAUUACAAGAAUGGAGAGCUGGUGAAAAAUUUAUUACUCUAAGAGGUUGGAGAGAAGAGUAUUAUGAUGUUCGAGCUCAAUUUAAUACUCCUGCUCUGUUUAAGAUGGAUCGUUCUGCGACGUGUUUAUUUGGAAUUCGAAAAUAUGGUGUGGAUAUUAAUGGAUACGUAAUGGAUCCUGUAAAAGGACUAUCUAUUUGGCUACAAAAACGUAGUCCUAAUAAACAAACAUGGCCUGGUUAUUGGGAUAACAUGAUUAGUGGAGGAUUGAGCGUAGGAUUUGGUAUUAAUGAAACCGCGAUAAAAGAAGCAGGAGAAGAGGGCAGUAUUCCAUUGAACUUAUUAACAAAGCUGAAAAGUGCUGGCUGUGUUUCACUUUUUUUUGAAAGUGAACGAGGAUUAUUUCCAAAUACAGAAUUCGUUUAUGAUCUUGAAUUACCAGUAGACUUUGUACCAAGUAACAGUGAUGGUGAAGUUGAAACAUUCGAAUUAUUACCAGUUAAUGAAUGUUUAGAGAGGAUACUUUCACCUCAUUUUAAAACAACUUCUAUUCCUGUUGCCCUUGAUUUUUUAAUUAGACAUGGAUACAUUACGCCAGAAAAUGAGCCAAACUUCAUAAAAAUUGUGGAACUACUUCAUGUACCACUACAGACUAUGUACAGUUUUGUACAACAACAAACAAAAUACAAGAUAGCAACCAACGGCGAAUCAAAUUAAAUUUCACGAUGAGUAUCGGCUUAUUGAUUCUAAAUAAAUUUAUUUCGUAUAUUAACAAGCUAUCAACUUUAUACAAAAAGUUGCUCUUUUUCUUUAAACAUUGUGCGUCAUUUCGCCAUCACGGAUCAUUAAAUAAAUUAAUAUCAAUUGUUUUCUAUUUCAAUUUCUUCACUAUGUACAUGAAUUUAUCGAUUAAUUAUUUAUUUAUCAUUUUUUAACUAACCACAGCAGUAGUUGGCUUUUUAAGAAAUUAAUUAACUUCACUGUUUUUAUUUUAUAAAUAAAAUUAUUAAAAAUUGAUUAUUAUAAAAAUGACGUACUUUGUAAUUAUAAUUAUUCAAAUAAUCAAUUGAGAAUACAUUUUUUUACCAAGGAAUUUUUAUUGCUGAAAAAAUAAACUAUAAAUCAAAAAAAGUUAAUGAAAAAACAAAACAUUCAAGCACGUAAUAUUUUACAUUCCAAAAAAAAUAGCACACUUAUAUUCUUUGUUCAUCAAACUAGGGAUAAUCUAAAAAAACCAAGAACCGAUAUUACAUUAUUAAAAACGAACAAAUUUUUGUAAAAAUUAGAAUACUUAUUUAUUUCACAUGAACGUUUAUUUUCAAAUAAUAUUAAUUUUUAAUCUUACAUUACUUGAAAUUUUACUUGAUAUUUAAAUAAAAAUAUAAUUUUAAGGCGAUAGUAUAGCUUACCCUUGCGCUCACGCUUGAGGUAUGCAACAUUUUGUUAUGGUCACAUUAAUUUCGUUAUUUUUAAUGUAUAUUAUUUACUUUUCAUAGUAUUAAAAUUCUUUAACAAUGAUAAUUUUGAAAAUGAUAUAUUAAUUAAAAUUAGUACAAGUUUUAUUAACAUUUAAAAUAUAUAUUUAAAUUAAAAGUAUACAAAUAUGUAUGAAGUAAUAAUGAUAAAAGUAGUUGGGUCUCUCUACGAGAAAGAUAUUUACUAAAUAUAAAUAAGGCAUUCGAUACUUAAAAUUCCUACUUGAGUAUUUUUUAAUUAACUCUUAUGUAUUUAUGCUUAAUUUAUUCCUCGAUGGUUCGUAAAUUUUCGAGAAACAGAAUACAAAUUUAGAUUAAGGAUCUGUAAUUCUAUAGAAAUUCGAAUUUGUCAAUAUUCUCAAGAUAUGACAAUCAUGUUUUGAAACGAUCUUUCAUAAAAAAAAUAGUAACAAAAUUUUAUCAACGAUUGUCUUGCAUUUUUAAAUUUUCUAUGUAAAAUUACUUUUUUUUUUUUUUUUUUUUUUUUUUUCGUUAAAUUAAUCAUUUUUAAGAAGGACUAUUUUACCAACACUUUCUCUUUUUAAUGAUUUGUAUGAACAAAAAAUUCAUGAUCCUCAACUAAUCGCUAUGUCUUGACUAUAUUUCAAAAAAAAUUUUUUGUCUUUGUUCAGAGUUAUUAAAAUAUACUAAAUAAUAUUAAUGAAUAACGAUUGAUUGUUUCGUAACUACGACUUCGAUUUUCACUUACCAAAAAAAAAAAUUAAUAUACCGUAAAUUAUGAAAAAAAUGUCAUUAAAAUAGUUCACAUAAAAGAAAAUGGUGUAUAAUUGAUUCAAAUUAUUGGAGAAAAAAAACGCUAUGUUUAUAUAAUUACUUCUGCAACUGUAAUUUAAUAAAAUGAUGAAAGACUGUUCAAUUAA